AUGGUCAACGGCAGAACUCUGAUAAAUCUUCUAACGCUCGUAAAUGCGACAACUCUCUUGUUUCGCCAUCAAGGAAAGAAGAUUUCCGAUCCGAUUGCACAACAAAUUCGUAAAUACGGAUAUCCUGUCGAGGUGCAUGACAUUUAUACAGAUGACGGAUACCGCCUGCGACUACAUCGCAUCCCUCAUGGGGCAUACGCGAAUGCACAAAGUGGCAAAAAGCACAAAAUCCGUCCGAAAAUGCUCGGGGAACCACUUUUGCUUGUACACGGGGCCGUUUGUAGCGGCAGCAUGUGGGUCGUGCAUCCAAAGAAUGCGCGAAAAGCACUCGCUUUCCAACUAGCUGAUGCGGGUUACGACAUUUGGCUAUUUAAUGCACGUGGCACCUCCGCCUCUCUCGGACAUCGGAACUUGACGAUUCACGAUGCUCGCUACUGGAAUUUCAGCUGGCAUGAAAUCGGAUUUUAUGACAUUCCGAAAAGUAUUGAUUACAUCCUCAAAAGGAGCGGGAAAAAUUCGCUUUAUUAUGCGGGUCACAGUCAAGGUUGCAGUGUUUUUGCCGUUGCAAUGAGCACUCGACCUUCGUAUAAUGCAAAAGUACGUCGUGCCAUUCUCAUGACGCCCGGGCUUUUUGUGCACAAUGUGCAAGGACUUGCUAGAACUCUCGUCGAAUCUCGUUUCGGAGACGGAUUAAGGAGGAUUUUUAAAUUUUUGCAAGUUCAUUGGUGGCCAUCGAGGAAUCCGGUGGUGAAAAGUGUCUUUGUUGACGUUUGUCGCGAUAAAUCGAUGAUUUUCUUGUGUACGUGGGCGUUUCUCGAGAUUGUUGGACCAUUAUCGAAAUUUCAGGAAAAAAGUGAUUUUAUGUUGUUUUUCGUACGAGAUUUGGCAGAUAAUAUUUCCGUGAGGCAAUUAAUUCAUUUGCAAUCGCUAGUGCAACAAAAGAACUUUGUCAUGUACGAUUACGGAGAAAAGAGGAAUUUAAAAGUUUAUGGCCAAAGAACACCGAGAAAUUAUGAUUUGUCGUUGCUGACUGUUCCAGUGGUGAUUAUGGGAGCAGUUAAUGAUGCAUUGGUCACAAAGGAGGACAUUUUACGUGACGCCACUACCCUAAGGAACGUACAAGACGUCAUCAUGCUCCCCGGAAACCACCUGGAGUUCUUCUACGAACCGCAAGGACUUUCACAGCUGAAGCAAAAUAUGCUGAAAUUCUUCAACAAUAGUACCUCAAUUGUUGAAACUUAUUGA